UUUAAUAAUUCUGAUCAAUAAUGUUGGACUCUCGCGCACACGCUGGCGGUGACGUCACGGCUUGUUGAUAGUGCCAUGGCGUACCAGGAAGGGGAGUCGCUUGAAUCCUGGCUCAAUAAAGCCACCCAUCCGACUAACAGGCAGGAGGACUGGGAGUACAUCAUAGGCUUCUGUGAUCAGAUCAACAAGGAGUUGGAAGGUCCUCAGAUAGCUGUGCCUCUCCUCGUCCACAAAAUACACUCGCCACAAGAAUGGGAAGCUCUUCAGGCUCUGACCGUAUUGGAGGCAUGUAUGAAGAACUGCGGGAGAAGGUUUCACAAUGAAGUCGGAAAAUACCGAUUUUUAAACGAGCUGAUUAAAGUUGUGUCGCCAAAGUACAUGGGCGACAGUGCACCCGAGAAGGUGAAGAUGAAGAUUGUUGAGAUGCUGUACAGCUGGACGGUGGCUUUCCCAAACGAAAUCAAGAUCAGCGAAGCCUACCAGACGCUGAGAAGACAGGGCCUCGUCACACACGACCCCGAGUUGCCGCUGGACAGGACUCUGAUCCCCUCUCCUCCGACUCGGCCCAAACAUCCGGUGUUUGACAACGAGGACAUGGGCAAGCUGCUUGCUGAGCUUCUCCGGAGUAAAAAUCCAGAAGACCUCCAGGAAGCCAACAGACUAAUCAAGAACAUGGUGAAAGAGGACGAGGCCCGAGUGCACAAGGUCACCAAGCGUAUUCACACGCUGGAGGAGGUGAACAUCAACGUGAAGCUGCUGACGGAGAUGCUGUCCCACUACGACAAAGACCGCUCCACCGACUCGGACAGGGACAUCAUCAAGGAUCUCUAUGAGCGAUGCGACAAGCUGAGGCGUGCUGCUUUCAAAAUGGCCACCGAGACGGAGGACAACGACACCAGUUUAGGGGACAUCCUGCAGGCCAGCGACGACCUCUCCAGGGUCAUCAACGCCUACAAGAAGAUCGUAGAGGGGCAGCCCCUCAACGGGGACAGCGAGGAGCCCCGACCCUCGGCCGGUCGCAGUGAGAGCGAGACCACGGACACGCUGAUCGACCUCGCAGGCCUGGACACUCCGAGUCCCCCUCAGCCCGCCGCCCCUCCCUUCCAGUCCCUGAAUCCCGUCUCCGCCGAUCUCUCUGCGUCCCCCAUCCCCGUCCUGCCUCCUCCGCCCAAACGCCUGGCCGGCUCCGACGGCAGCCAGAGCAGCAGCCCGAUUCGCCCUCCCCUGGACAAGGCCUCCACUACAUUGUCCCUCCUCGACGAUGAGCUGCUGUGUCUGGGACUCAACGACCCCCCCGCCUCUCUGAGCGGCCAAUCAAAACCCAGGCUGAAUGAGUUCACCAAUCACUGGACUUCCUUGCAGGCUGCAGGCGUGGACAUGUUUGGCAGUGUCGCUCGUUCAGGUCCAGCUGUGCCUCCAGUUGUGCCUCCAGCUGUUCGCCCAGCUGUGCCUGCAGCGGAACCAGCUGCUGCCACCCACAGUCUCCAGGACCUGCAGGACCUGGCCAUGAUGGGCUUUUCUGAUCACAAGAGCUCGUCCAUCCAGAAGGCGGCCCGAGGAAGCGGCUUCGGGUUGCCUGCGGCAGCCCCUCCCCUCGUGCACGGCCACGGCUCUCCCUCCUCCCCCUCCUUCCUCCGCGGGGCGUUUCCCGGCUCCCCGGCUCUGUCCCACGCCAAGGCGCAGAGCCUGGGCUCCGCCCCGGGCAGCCCGCUCUUCCGCUCGCUGUCCCCCUGCGACCUCCCCCUCCAGGGCAGCCCGGCCAGGGCCACGGACUCCCUGAGCAACGUGCACGUCCCCCUGGAGGCCAUCAGACCGAGUAAAGUGUUGCCCGUGACGGCCUACGACAAGGACGGCGUUCGCAUGCUCCUCAACUUCGCCUCGGACUGCCCCCCCGGCAGGCCCGACGUGUUGGUGCUGGUGGUGUCCAUGCUCAACACGGCGCCGCUGCUUGUUCACAACGUGGUCCUGCAAGCCGCAGUGCCAAAGUCAAUGAAGGUGAAGCUGCUGCCUCCAUCGGGUACAGAAGUGGCUCCGUUCAACCCCAUCCUACCUCCCGCCUCCAUCACCCAGAUCAUGUUGCUGGCCAACCCAACAAAGGAGAAGGUGCGUCUGCGCUAUAAGCUGGCUUUCACACUAGGAGAUCGUCUGUGCAACGAGGUCGGAGAGGUCGACCAGUUCCCCCCGCCAGAGCUAUGGGGUCAUCUAUAGAGGCGCGCAGGCCUGCUGCCGCUCAGCAGGUACAGACCGGUUUGCUCUCCAUGAAGGUGUGAAAGGUGACUCGACCGUACAGCUUCACCUUCCUUAUAGUUGUUGAUUCUUCUUUUUGGCCAUUGUUAUUACUGGCAGUGAGAAGCUGAAACUAAAGUAGUAUUUAUACGGUGCUUGUAUACGUUUGUGAACAAAUGAAAGAGAGACACUGUCGGGGAAGACAGCCGUAGUGUUUACAGGAUGGCAUUAAGAUCAAUAUUAAAAGGGAGUUUGCCUAAAAUGAAUAUUAACUAUUUAAUUGUGCUAAGAUCAAUAUAUUAGAGCAGUGGUUCUCAAAUGGCGGAACGUGUACCCCUCUGGGUGCAUGAGAUUUAAAAAAAAUUAAAUUAGCAUCCAUUCAAACAUAGUUAUCUAAUAAAUGUUAAUUGCAAGUUCAUGAACUGAAUUUUAUAUUCAAUUCAUUUUAUUUUGUAUAGCCCAAAAUUGCCAAUGGUUGUUGGUUCGCUCUGCUCAUAUCCUAAAAACCCAGAGUCUCCCCCAUACCAGGAUGGUUUGACCCCUCCUGGCACAUACCCCCCUCCCUCCUCACCUGUCAAUCAAUGCUGCCUUGAAAGCUCAAACAAAGGAGUCGUGUUUGAAGCGCAGCAUCCACGAGGGGUCACCCACCCAAAGUGUUGUUGUUUCAGUGUUAACAGACAGUGAUGGCACGGCGCUGUGAAUUUUCCUCCCAAAAUGCUUUGCACUGCUUUGGGUGGGGGGGCAUCUCUAAAAAAAAAAGGUUGAGAACCACUGCAUUAGAGCUCAGCUUCUGAGAGGCGCGAUGCAGCACAGAAUGCUACACCUGAAGUUAGCAGAGCCGAAGGUCCAACAGCUGAGCUUUAGUGUCACGUGUUCCUCCGGCCGAGCACUUUCUUAGCCCACAGAAAAUAUACUUGAAUAUAUCCAGAUGUUUGAAAACGGGAUGCAGCAGAUGUCUUAAGAUGGUGAGAUAAACUGGAACAUGUGUGUUUAGUAAUAAGUACUAUUAAUUUGAUGAUUUAACAUGGUUAUAAAUAUACUUGUGAUAUGUGACAAUAUUUCGUUCUGUGAAAUUUAUGUUUGAGUCAAACUGUAUUUCAUGAGAUUUCCUUCUAAAAAAAAAUGAAUGAGAAAUGCGGGUGUUUGUGUUUAAGACUUGAGUUUUAGCAGCGGGCAAUAGUUUGUUCUAUAGAUAUCUACCCCUACCAGUGUUAAUAUUGGAAGUAUUUUGGCUUAUUUCCAUUUAGUUAUUGUAUUUCAGUGCAUCACUGAACCUGGGAAAUGUGAACUCAACAAAAUCUGGUUGCUCUAAAGGGAAAUCUGUCCCCAUGAAGUGUGUUCAGCAUCAUUCCUUAAGGCAGUCCAGCCAAUCCUCCCGUAGCUCCCUUCUCUGGAAGCCCUCCGCUCAUCAAAUGGAUGUACAGAAGAGGUGCCCUUACUGUACGUAGUGUGCAAUGUACCUUUGGUGUGUGACGUGUAGCUGUUGGGAGACUUCUCUACGACGGGCCGUUUGUUCACUACAUGGAAACAAUAAAUACUUUCAAAUCGA